UACCCAAGGAUAUUUAUAAUACAUGUGUAUGUGGUCUAUUUGUUGAUUUCGGUUGUCAUUGUAAUUUCCGAAGUUAGGUUGUAAACAUUUUAUUAAUUUAUUCCAAUUUAUUCUAAAAUGGCUCGAAGUUGUGUUUUGUGCAAUAAGAUGAAGAGCGACGAAACAACGUUGCAUUUAUUUCCAAAACAGACGGCAUUGCUAGCCCAAUGGAAAAAAGCAUGUAAAUUUGCAUAUUGUGAUAAUGUCAGCACACUGAGGAUCUGCUCAACACAUUUUCAACCUCAUGAGUAUAUUCAAUAUAGUAGAUGUGGAAAACGUCCUGGUGUCAUUAAACGUUUACAUCCUAAUGCAGUUCCAUCUGUUAAUAUUCCAUAUAAUAGAGAAAAUAUGACUCCAAAUGCUCCAUCAGAAUUUAUAUUGACAUCUCAAACUGACACUGUAGAAGGACCUGCAAAGAAACAAAAAUUGAAUGAACAUUUAUUUCAAGCUAUAACAGACCAACCUUCAACUUCUAUGUCCCAGGAAAUCAUGCAGAUAUCAACUCCAAAAUCAUCUGAAACAAUUCAAGUUUCUAGUCCCGAAGUUGCAACACCAGAACGAGCCAGAAGGGCUCUUUUUCAAGCUCGAUUUGUACAAUCUCAACUAAGAUACGAAGUUAAAAAAUUACAGCAAGAUAAGCGACGCCUUACCAAAAGAAUUUCCACAUUACAGGAUCUUGUUCGAGUACUAAGGAAAAAGCUACAGGAGCAAACACCGUCAACUGACGAGUGUGAAGUUAUCCACAUCCACAUUUUCUAGUAGGACUGGAAUUGAUAAAAGUCGUCGCCUCAAAAAUUUUGUAAAAAAAAUCAUUGCUCCUUUAUAAUGUGUCUUCGACUUUUUAUUUUAGCAUAUGUCGGUAGCAAAUGAGUAAUUAUAAUGAGCAACGAUUACAGAUUAAUUCGUCAUCCCGUAUGGGGGAUGAAAUGAAAAUUUCUUAAAAGACUUUCUUGUUUUGUUAUUACUUAAUUACGUAAUUCACCAUAGAUCGACAGGAAAUAAAAAUUACAUUAAUUAACAGUGUCACAUUCAUUUGUCAGUCCGUAGGGGGGAUGAAAUGGGGUGAAUUUCAUAAAAAAAAUUCAUUGCUUCGUUAUAACGUGUUUUCUAGUUUUCAUUUCACCCUAGAUCGACAGGAAAUAAAAAAUUACAUUAAUUAACAGUGUCUCAUUCAUUUGUCAGCCCGUACGGGGGGAUGAAAUGUGGUGAAUUUCAUAAAAAAAAUUCAUUGCUUCGUUAUAACGUGUCUUCGAGUUUUCAUUUCACCAUAGAUCGCCAGGAAAUAAAAAAUUACAUAUUUGUCAGCCCGUACGGAGGGAUGAAAUGGGGUGAAUUUCACAAAAAAAUUAAUUGCUUCCUUAUAAAUUGUCUUCGAGUUUUCAUUUCACCAUAGAUCGACAGGAAAUAAAAAAUUACACUAAUUAACAGUGUCACAUUCAUUUGUCAGACCGUACGGGGGAUGAAAUGGGGUGAAUUUCAUAAAAAAAUUCAUUGCUUCGUUAUAACGUGUCUUCAAGUUUUCAUUUCACCCUAGAUCGACAGGAAAUAAAAAAUUACAUUAA